UUUAAUAAAAUGGCAAAUUUAGGUGAAAAUACAUCUAACAAAAGUCGUGUUAAACAAGGAAGGGAAAAGGUGUACCAAGUCAGUGAAGAACCAGAGGAGAGAAAGGUCUCUUCCUAUUCUGAUGACGAAGCUAAUCUUGACUCUUCUGUUGAUCAAUCUCAAAGUUUCAGGAUUCCUAAGAGUAAAAUAAUUGACAACAGGUUAAAAACAAAUCAGUUUUCUCAGAUUGAUGCUUCAAAGAAGAGAAAGCGAUCAAAGUCUGCUAGUCAUUCAGAGAUGUGUGAGAGUUGCAGCCAGUGAAUAGAUACUUUGAGUCUGAAAAGAUCCGACUCUCUUGUGAUAAACUACUCCAAAGACUACCUCAAAGACAUUCCUGGUGACAAGAUAAUAGCCAUGAUAAAGGAGACUCAUCCUGAAUAUUUUGAUAGUAGAAAUAAUCUCACGAUAGAAUCUCUCACCGAAUUGUUGAGAUAUGGAGCGAAACUUAAUCAUUGAGACUGCAUCGGAGAUGAUAUCUUACUUGAGCUAGCACAGAUUUUGGAUUUGCCUAUCAAGCUUUCCAACAAAUACAUUAAGCAUCUUGCUAAGGUAGUGAAUACUUUAUCAGGAGACAGUAUGAAGAACGGAACUCUUUCAAGGGGACAGUAUGGGCAACGAAGGAAUGCACUUGUAGUCAACACAGAUGUUAGAUUGUUGCAUAAAAUCGAUUCAAAGAAGAAUAUGACAGUGAACUACAAUCAUGAAGAGCAAAAAGGCAAUGUUGGUGAUGCCAAGAAUCAGGAAAAAGCUGUUAAAAAGAAAUCUUGGUGUCCAAAAUUUGCUAGGGCGAGUCAUAGAUACACAAUUGUGAAUAUCCUUUUCGUCUGCCUAUCCAUUGUCCUUUUCUGUAUUUUUGGUACGGUAACAUUGUUUUCAGAUGCUUAUGAUCUCAUGGGUGUGCCAUUGAUUUUUAGCAGAGGAUCUGCCUUGGCAAUCCUGGUCUUUACAAUGCUGGCAAUGUUUUUUGUUUCUUAUGAUCUUACUACAUUGAUCAGAAAAUAUACCAAGAGAAGAUGUUCAACAAUAUUUGAUUUCCAAAUACUUUUUCACAGAUUUUGCGGAUAUAUAAUAAUGGUUUAUUCGAUAAUUCAUACGAUUGGCCAUCUUUUAGGUAGCUUCAGAGCAAUUAGCCAGGAGAAGGAUGUUGAAAAGGUGAAUGAAGUCUUGUCCAGACAUGAGUUCGAUGAACACAAAUCCUAUCAUCUCCUUCUGUUCACCACUCUUCCAGGAGUAACUGGAAUCUUGCUCCUUUUUAUCAUAGUCGCUAUGGGAAUUACAGGAAUGAAGAAAAUAAGGCACAGAGCCUUCCAGCUCUUUGCCAUUGUGCACGUAUUCGGCUUCCCAUUGUUUAUAUUGCUAAUAAUUGCUCACGGGUGCCAAUCUUGGUUGAAUUAUGGAUUCCCCCUGGGAUCCAUAACUGUAUUAUUCUCUUUGAUAAUUUAUUUAAUUUAUAUCAUCAGAAGAACUUGGGUCCAGUGAAAACAGGAGUUCGAAAUUAUCAAGAGCUCUGUCUCUGAGGACCAGCAGUUCUUGAAAUUAGCCUUCAAAAGACCAGAUGGAUACAAGUACAGUCUCGGCCAAUAUGUGUUUAUGAAUGUGCCCUCUGUUUCGAAGUGGCAAUGGCACCCAUUUUCAAUUGCUAGUUGCUCAAGGAGUGACAAGAUUAAGUUCAUCAUCAAAAACACUGGUGAUUGGACAGGUAAAUUAUUAACACAGUUUAAUGAAAUCCAAGAUAAGCGUGUUCAUAGAAGGAAUCACCAUGAGCUAAACCGUGAUUUUGAAUCCCUUUCUGUUGUUGGUGAUGCUCAGGAUCCUAAGUACCCUAAAAUUAACCUAAGCCAACCGAUUUCAUCCCCUGUUCAACAAUCCGUUUACAAUUAUAAUGUUGUGUAUGUGGCUGCAGGAGUCGGAAUCACCACAUUUUUAGGCUUUUUGGAACUCCAAUUGCUAAAAGCUAGGAAUGCUUCUGAUAAAGGAGACACUGAAAUUUGUAAGUUAGACAACAAGGAGGUCAUCGACUUCAUCUUCAUAUCAAGAGAGACGGAGAACAUCAGGUGGAUAGCUAAGUACAUUAAUGCCGCACUUACCUUACCUCAGAUGACAAAGAAAGUUAAGUUUCAUAUUUAUGUUACUCUGAAGGAUGAGUCUAACGACUUGGCCUCCUUCUUGUUCUGGAGGGCUUUUGCUUUUCUUAAUGAGAAACUGAAGAAAGCUCAUAAGUUGUACUCGAGAGUAAAGAUCCAUUUGGGAAGACCUGAUUUUGACACCUUAUUUGAUAAGAUCCUUCAUAAGAACACCUAUCCAGAGCAUUAUGUGUAUGCAUGCGGCAGUUCAGGGCUGACUAAUAAUUUGGAGAAAAUCUGCACUAAGAUGACAGAGAAUGGAACACAUGUGAACUUUAACUAUGAGAUCUUUUAGC